AUGGAUAAACGCUCGGCAGAGAGUCCAAUGGACUUCGAGUGGCAGACACGGGCCCCCGGGGACGUGACCUCGCCGUUCUACCAGCUCAGCGUGCAGCAUGACAACCAGAAGAAACGCCCUCACAGCAUCUUCGACUCGCCCGAGAAAAAAUCCAUGCCCGCCCUGCGAGAGCCCAACUCGCAGCCAUUCCUCUUCUCCCAGUCCAAAUCCCAGCAGCCCGCCGCUCCCCCCAAGCCCUUCUUCAACCAAGCCGCGUUUAUGACCCCUCGCAAAUUCGACGUUGACUUCUCCUCCGGCGCCGAGAACCUGUCUUCCCCCGAGCACGCCGAUAAUGAAGAUACCCCUGAUCAGCUUGCCAAAUCUGGCCACCGCAACUCGCUGUUUGGCAUGUACGGGCGGUUUGCGCCGAGUCCGGGACGCGGCGAGAUCCCGCGCUUGAACCACUACUCCAACGCGCUGGCACGACGGGUUCAGAAGAGACGGCGCAGGGACAAGGUUCUGUCCAAAGAUUUACAACUGCGUCGGGAGAGUGAUGACGAGAGCGACCGUCCGAGCAGCAGCGAGCUGAAGCCGGCCAAGCAGAGACAGAGCCAGGGACAGGGACAGGAGGAGACAGGGUCGAGGCUGAGUUCCUUCUCGAAUUUCUUCGCGCUGCUGGAGGCCCAUCCCAAUGUCCCGAGCAUUCUCUCCUGGUGGGCGCAGCUAGUGGUGAACCUGUCGCUGUUCUCGCUCGCGGUCUACGUGGUCUUCGGGUUCGUGUCGGCCAUCCGUGCGGAAUUUGAGCAGGCCGCGGAGGAGGUGUCGGACACCAUUCUGGCGGAAAUGGCCGUCUGCGCGAAGAGCUACGUCGAUAACCGAUGCGCUGGAGGCGAUCGUCUGCCUGCGUUGGAGACCGUGUGCGAGAACUGGGAGCGCUGCAUGAACCGCGAUCCGGCCAAGGUCGGACGGGCCAAGGUGUCGGCGCACACGAUGGCGAUCAUCAUCAACAGCUUCAUCGACCCGAUUAGCUGGAAGGCGAUCAUGUUCUUCCUCGCCACCAUCUCCACCGUCACCGUCGUGAGCAACUGGUCCUUCCGCUCGUUCCGAAACCGCCUCAACCAGCACGACUACUCGGUUGCUCCCCCUUCCUACUCCCGCCAGUCUUCCGCACAACACCAACACCCGGCGAUCGCCCCCGCACAAUACUCCUACCCACCCAACCAGUACGGAUACGCAAACCAGGGCGCCGCAUCUGGGUUCGAGCAGGACGCGCCGCUGAUGCUAGAUCAGCCGCCCCGAGACUUCCCGGCUGAGCGCAGCCGUGACCGCGACCGCGAGUCCCGGUUGCGCACGCCGAGCCCAUCCAAGCGGAUGCGGCGGAGGCAGUCAGGCAACAAGGCAGCCAGCGACUGA